AUGAACGGCGGCAGGACUUUUUAUGUUAAAUGCGGGUUAAACAAUGAGCAAAACGAACCGAUUUCUCUAAAACAGAAACUGAAAUCCUCCCUUCGUCUUCUAUGGCUCCGCCGCCGCCGCCGCCACCACCACCACCACCAACUCUCAACGGUAAGUGCUUCGACCAAUAUUCCUCUUUCGCAAUUUUCUCCGAGUCCUAAGGAUAACAACCACGAAAGCCCAAGGCAAAGUUGUUCAUCGACUGCGUGUCUCAAGUCGCCGGAGUUGAAAGACAAGUAUCGAAAUUUGGUUAAUCGCAUUGGAAACAACCACCUCCGCAACCACAGUUUCGGUCAUACUAGACGAAGCUCGGCGGAUUUUCGAUAUGAUCCGUCGAGUUAUGCUUUGAAUUUUGACGAAGGACGGGACGAUAGCCAAUACGAUGAGUUCACUUACAGAAACUUUUCUGCCAGAUUGCCUCCAUCUCCUCCCGCUGCUCAUAAUUCCACGGAAAUUACCGCUUAAUGCAGAAUCAAAGUUGGAAAUAAACUAAGGCGAUGGAUUUGAUUCUUCAUUAUUGUUAUUUCUUUUUCUUAUUUUGCAUGGAAAUUUGA